AUGUCAACCAAUUCCUCGCCAACUCUUUCCCAAUCAAAGCAUUGGAUAACUGAUCCCAAACCCAGCCCGACCAUGCCGAUUCAUCCAACCAUCACUGCAUCACAGCGAAUCCAAGGUUCUUCAAUAUCCGCAAUUUCAUCCUACGCCCCAGAGCAUUUUCAAUUUUUAACUGGAACUAAAGAAGGUGGAGGGUUCUUGGGUUUGAUUGAUUUGAGCUACAUGGCAAGUGGGCUGGUGAAAAGGGGUUUGGAUUUUACUCUGAAAAAGAAAAAAUGGAUUAUCUUACUUGGAUUAAUGGGAUUUUCGAGUUAUGGCGUGUAUAAAGUGUAUCAUAUGCCUUCUAUAGUGAGAAAAAGGAGUAGAAUUAUAAAGUUGUUUGGAGCCCUAAUUGCAAUGGCUGAACUGGUUUCAGAUUCCGCAGAGACAGUAAGUGUUGUCUCCAAGGAUUUGAAGGAGUUUCUAAAGUCUGAUUCGGAUGAAAUCCCGAAUAGUUUGAAGCAAUUGUCGAAAAUUGCUAGGUCAGAGGAAUUAUCCGAGUCGAUUAUUAGGGUUUCUGAAGCAAUGACUGCUGGGAUUUUUCGGGGUUAUGGGGUUGAAAACAGUAGAAACCAGAUUCAAGAAGCAGGGAAUUCGAGUUUUACGGAUGGAGUUAUGGAUAAGUUAAUGUCUGGUGCUGGGACAGGGUUUGUUUCUGCUGUUGUUGGUAGUUUUGCAAGGAAUUUGGUUUUGGGGUUUUAUGCAAACGGUGAAACUGUUAGAGGGUCGAAUGGGAAUGGGUAUUCGGGCUUGUCAUGCAUGAAAUUAAAUUCUUCGACAUUGCCAAGAUGGGUAGAUGUGGUAUUGGAUGAUAAACCGAGAGUGUUAAUAGCUGAUUGUAUUAAGACUUUUGUGAGCACUGCAGUUGCUGUCUAUCUUGAUAAGACUAUGGAUGUUAAUUUCUACGACGAUAUGUUCUCUGGAUUGACCAACCCUAAACAUCAGAGUAAGGUGAAGGACAUACUGGGUUCUCUCUGUAAUGGGGCAGUCGAAACUCUUGUUAAGACAUCCCACCAAGUGUUGACAGCUUCAAAACCGAAUUCUGCUUCUGGUUCGAGUUCCCCUUGCUCGAUUGUUGAUCAGAGUGAAGAUUUGAGCUCAGAAAAUGACAAGGAUCUAGAACAGGCUGUCUCUUCAAGAAAAUUGAAAGAGACAAUCGGAUCUGAUGAUUUCCAGGGUAAUGGAUGGGUUAAUAGUGUCUCAUCAACAUUGGCGGUGCCAAGAAAUAGGAAAUUUGUGCUUGAUGUAACAGGCAGGGUGACAUUUGAAACGGUUAAAUCUGUGAUCGAGUUUUUCUCGUGGAAGGUGUCAGACGGCUUGAGACAAAGUCUUAAUGUAGCUCAUGAUGAGGUUGUGGUGCGAGGACUUGAAGUUGUCCAAUAUGUUGGCGCUAAGUCUUCUGUCAUUCUUACCAUAUGUAUUGCAUUGUUUUUACAUAUAUUGGGCAGUACUCGAGCUCUGUUGCCUGCAUAA